AAAAUCAAAUAGUCACAACUUUUAAGUAAUCAACUACUAUUUGUAGAGUUUCUAUACGUCCAAAUAUCCAAAAGUUAGCUGUAUUCACUAUUCAGCAAUGGCAAAGCUAAUUGGAAUUCAUAGGAACACUAUCUCUCUUGUGUUCUUAGCAAUUUUUAUCUUCGGUGGCGCUGUUCAAGGCUUCACACGGGUGUGUGAUAGGCCUAGCCUUAAUCCCGAAGGUAGCUGCCCGGACAAUAAAACUUGUAGAGAUGCAUGCAUGGCUGAACCAGACGGUCGUAUAUUUGCCGGUGCUUGUCAAACUACUACGUCCUUCAGUCAAACUGACUUCACAGAAUGUGUGAAUACUCGGACGUCUAACAAUUUCGGUGGUCAAGAUCCAAAUUCCCCCGAUUGUAACUUGAUAGAGGGUAGGAGGAUUAUUCCUUGCACGGAAAUAUUGAAGAGGAUUCAAGAAAAUUGCAGAAAAAAUAGCAGAGUCAACAGUGGUGAUCGUUGCACCUGCUCAUACAUCUGCUGAUCAAUGUUGCACAUGAUCACUAUCAUCAAUUAUAAUUAAGGCUAAGGGCAUAUAUAUAAAUGCAGCUAGCUCACCUUCAAUUCUGAUUUCCUUUCUUAUUAUUUCUGUUUUCUUUACAUUAUUGAUUUAUUUCACUCGUAAGUCAUGGUUGUGUAAC